UAUAUAUGUUAUGUUAUAUAACCCCUUCUUCCACUUCACAACUAACAAAUCAAAGUUACUCGCACACACUCAGAGACAUUAUAACUCGUCGUUACACUUAGUUCACAAGCAUGGUGAUAAGCUCACGCACGCUAGAAAUCACAGUUAUAUCGGGUGAAAACCUUCGCGUAAUGGAGGACCCAUACGUCGUCGUUCGGGCCGAGUCCUUAAACUGCUGCACCACGAAGAUGGUCAAAGAUAGUGGAAGCAACAACUCGAGUUUCUAUGCAUGGAAUGAGAAGUUCAUGAUGAACGUGCCUAUGUAUGCACGCUCGAUCACGUUCGAGGUACAAUGCAACAAGUUCAAGGGUGUUCGACCCGUUGGGGUGGCCAGAAUCGCGGUUUCGGAUUUUCUAAACGACGCCGUGGCGGAAAAUUGCUUGCAAGUGUUGAGUUACCGGUUGAGGGAUUGGGAAGGGAAAAGAAAUGGGGUUAUUCAUUUCGCGGUGAGGGUAGCAGCGUGGGAGAAAUGCUCGGUUUCGCCAACUCUGGUGAGUGGGAAGGAUUCCGGUCAUCAAAUCACCGGAAUCAAUGUAGGUGACAAGAAAUCUGACGGAGUUGUUGUUGGUGUUCCGUUUUGGUGGAACUACCCUAACAAUAUUAUUUGAAGAUUUUUAUUUUUGAUUGAUUAUUUGAAAAUUCUUUGUAAUGGUCUGUAAGGGAAGAGAGUCAAUUUUGGUUUACUUGUAUUUUGUAUUUUGAGAGGAAGGUUCCUACACUUUGCUAAAAAUCUUGAAUGCCAAACUCCUUAUUUUGGUAUAAUAAAUAUCAAAAUAUAGAAUAUUUUGGCGUGCACUUUCAAGAAAGAUGAAGAACGCGCGAGAAUUGUCCUCAAGUUGCAACGGUUGUUCACAGAGGCACUUAGAAAGCGCGUGAUCUUAUGAAGGCAUCGAAGCGUCAAUCAAGUUUUGUUAGUAAUCAUUCCUACAAUAGACGUCAAUUUAAUGACGUAUGCGGCAGGAUCAUGCCUCCACAGUAGUUUACGAGCAAGUUUUCACACACUUUAAACUAUUCAUUUUAGUUUUUUAUUUUUAAUAAAUUAUAGUUAAUAAAAUAUAUUAAAUAAAUAGUU